GAGCCGGACUCGAGUUUUCCCACGUUCGCCUCCCUUCAACCCAGACCCUCAGCCGCCGCCAGCUCUGUCGAGAGAGCGGUGGAAAGAUGGGCCGGAGGAUACUAAACGAUGCGCUUCGGACCAUCGUGAACGCGGAGAAGAGAGGGAAGGCCACAGCCAACCUCCAACCCAUCUCCACCGUCAUGGUUUCCUUCCUUAAGAUCAUGAAAGAUCGAGGAUAUAUCAAAGAUUUUCAGGUCUUUGAUCCACAUAGAGUGGGGAGAAUAACUGUAGAGUUGCAAGGCAGGAUAAAUGAUUGCCAUGCGCUUACAUAUAGACAGGACAUCAAGGCUAUGGAUAUAGAAAAGUACCGAUUGCGCAUCCUUCCAACACGCCAGUGGGGGUAUGUCGUGAUCACAACCCCAAAUGGUGUUCUGGAUCAUGAGGAAGCCAUCAGACAGAAUGUGGGUGGUCAAGUUCUUGGUUAUUUUCAUUGACAUCUUUUGAUUGUGGUGAUUCUGUCUCUUGAUUGGAGUUCAAAAGCAAAUUCUUAAACUGCAUCAUUAACUACUUCAGCUAAUAAUCUGUCAUGGUUUGUUAUCAUGUGAUGUUAUCCCGUUCUUUUCCCAUGCAUGAAGUUUCUCUUCCUUAUGUGGAAACUGCAAAUCAUGGUAACAAAUUGUUCAUGGACAAUUAGUUUUGUAGGUUCAGAUAUGAGUUUGACUUAAAGGGAUCACUUCAUGAACAAUCUGUAACUUAUGAUCCUGGGCAACUUCUCUAGUAAAAUUGAACAAUUAAGCAGAAAAAUGAUAAUCGCAAGCAUGAGAAUGUACAAGCUACUUGAGA